AUGGCUGCUGCUCCGGCUUCCGCGUCUUCGAGCAGUGCAGGUAACUCACCCACCCGCGACGCCUACACAGACUUGGGCUUCGACCCCGCGUUCUAUGCUUCCCCAUACUCGCACGCGUCGACUCUAUCACAUAGCCCCUCAGAUCAUCACAGCAGCCCGCCUCUAUCCCACUUGACUACUAUCCCUUCUCAGAGUGGCACCUCUUCCUCCGACGCACAUCCAACCAACUCUCGCGGAGGUUGCUGGACAUGCCGACUUCGACGCAAGAAAUGCGAUGAGCAACGCAACGAAGACGACUCAUGCGCCACAUGUCGUCGCCUCAAGGUCAAGUGCUUGGGUUGGGGUGCGCGUCGGCCUGACUGGAUGCGGGACAAGGAUGAAGUACAACGGUACAAGUCCGAGAUCAAAGCGCAUCUCUUGCGACAAGGCCUCAUUCGUGGUCAGCCCCGCGCUGGCUUCCCGACAAGUCCCAGCGAUUCGCGACCCACAGCACGACGAGCUGCGAGUUCGCCCACGCAUCCAUAUGCGAAAGCGCCUCAGGCUCGUAAAGCGUCUUUGGGUAACACUGGCUGGGAACAGCUCAGUCUGCCGGGGUACGCGACGAACGAUCUGUUCGGUGCGAGCGACACAUAUGCGUCCGGGGUGCCGGCAUUCCCACCCAACCACACGAUCUUCGAGAGUCCACCACCGGUACCGCAUACACCGUCCUUAACGCUGCCGCCGCUCGCGCCCGAGGUCUUCGAUGAGGGACUACGGGCGUCCAUCGAGGAUCCGCGGCAAAGCCUCGUGAACUACUACUUCAGUGACGUGCGCGCGUGUAACUUCAUGCAGACGUGCAUCGCGACGAGGACAACCCUGUGGGAGGUGCUUGUCAAGGUCAAGAGCAGCGCACUCGAGAGUGCCCUAUGUGCCCUCGCCGAUGUCUACUUCCAGUGGGAGGACAUUCGCAGCCGGGCGCCAGGCUCAAAGUACGAGGAGACGCACCUGUCACAGUUUUACCUCAACGAGGCGACCCUUCGCAUGAACACUUCGCGAAGCACUGGCCGGAUUGGGAGCGCUGACGCUAUUGCGGCGGGCCACCUUAUCUCGUACUUCCUUGCGACGUCUGGGGGUAGCAUACACAACAAUACCGGCGCGCCGCGGUGGAUGCCGUAUGUUCAACUCGCUUGCGACUACGUCGGGCAACUUGGCGUCCAUCGGGACCCCAUGCCCCGCCGGAUCCUCCGCGACAUGCCGCCCGAACGAGCCUUGGCUAUCAAGACGUCGAUGGUCAUGGACAUUCUUCUUAGCGUGGCCAUCCAGCAGCCUCCGAGGCUUCUCAGUCUGUGGCGCCAGAUUCUGGGUGUCCACGAGGGCGUGGACAUUCACAUCUCACGCUUCGUGGGUUGCACGGACAUUGUCCUUCUCGCGCUCGGCGAGACUGCGGCGCUAGCGCACUGGAAGAGGGCGGAGGAGCACAAGGGCACGUUGAACACGCGCGAGCUCCUCGAACGCGCGGCCGCCAUCCAACGCGCCUUGCAGCAUCACGUCAAUCCCGUCCUUUCCGGUCUCAUUCCGGGACGUGAAGGACAGCCGGACGACCAGAUGAACAUGAUGGCCGGCGGAGCUGCCCCUUCCCCUGGCGCAGAGGAACAGACUUGUCGCCGUCUGGUUGCCCGCAUCUGGUGGGAGGCCGCGAUGCUCAACCUGAGCGCCGUCGUACACGGCAGCAAUACGAAUAUCGAAGGGACGUCCCAUACAGUCGCAUCUGUGGUACAGAUACUGGGGGCUCUACCCGUGACCGGUCUCGAUCGCGCGCUGGUCGCCCCGCUUAUGUUGACUGCGGCGGCGGCAGACCUCGCGGAGCACCGCACGACUCUGCUCACGCGCCUAGUCAAGAUAGACGGGAGCAGCACCAACGUUCGUCACAUCGAGACUGCACUGCUUGAAACAUGGAGGCGCCGCGACACGACCAUGAAGAACGUCGACUGGCGGGACGUGAUGCGCGAAAACGGACUAACUCUCCUCCUGAUCUGA